UGUCGUUGCUGCUGGUUCAGUGCGCGCCGGGAGCCAGGAGACUACGGGGGAGCCGAGCCGCUGGGCACCAUUGAAGUCCUAAAAGCUCAGCAAGUCUGCAAUAAAAAUGGCCACCAAUAAAUCUACGUUGCAGAAAAUGGGGAAGAAGCAGAAUGGCAAAGGCAAAAAAGUUGAAGAAGCAGAACCUGAAGAAUUUGUUGUGGAGAAAGUCUUGGAUCGCCGUGUAGUUAAUGGAAAGGUUGAAUACUUCUUGAAAUGGAAGGGAUUUACUGAUGCUGAUAAUACUUGGGAACCUGAAGAGAAUUUGGAUUGUCCAGAGUUAAUAGAAGCUUUUCUGAAUUCUCAGAAAGCUGGUAAAGAGAAGACAGAUGGUGGCAAAAGAAAAUCUCUGUCAGACAGUGAAUCUGAUGACAAUAAAUCAAAGAAGAAGAGGGACUCUAUUGAUAAACCAAGAGGAUUUGCGAGAGGUCUUGAUCCUGAGCGAAUAAUUGGAGCCACAGACAGUAGUGGGGAACUAAUGUUUCUUAUGAAAUGGAAGGACUCAGAUGAAGCGGAUUUAGUGCUGGCCAGAGAAGCUAAUGUGAAAUGUCCCCAAAUUGUAAUUGCUUUUUAUGAAGAGCGGCUAACUUGGCACUCAUGCCCAGAAGAUGAGGCACAAUAAUUGUUUGGAUUUUCUUUUUUAUAUAUGUAUAAAAAGAAUAUUAACAACUGUUUGGUUUUGACUUACCAGAAAUGUGGAAAAUGUCUGCAUUCUAAGAUGAGUUUGAUUAUUUUUAAAGUAAUGUGUUUUGCAUAAACAGAAAGAAAAAAGGGUUUGUGCUAUUUGCUUUGUUUAUUAUGGGAGAGCAUUUGAUACUGCUUCCUGCAUAUUAAGUAAAGUGUUUUAUAAAGUUAAUGGUUAAGUGACUCUUAAUGGCAGUUUGAACAAACUCACAAGUGUUUUUGUAGUUCUCUAUUUUGAUUGACAUGCAUGCAUCUUAUUCCCAACUUAGUCCUUUAUCGGUGCAAGUGGAGGUAUACUUUUUAAAGACCACUGAAGUUCAGGAUUGCACAGUAAAUCUUUAAGGCCGUUCUUUUUAGUAUUUGUGGCUACUUGGUUCUGAGAGGACCAAGUGAAAACUUUGUAGUAAGUUGAAGGUGCAGACUGUAUAUUGUUUAUUUUAUUGUAAAUACUGGUGAAUGGUGAUCAAUAAAAUACUUUUAUAUUCUUGUUCCCUCUUCACCAAACAAUGGGAAA